GGCAGCUAUGAUCCAUCCCUGCAACACGCUGCUUACAAGAACUAUUUCCACCCUUUAUGCAAAGUGAGUUGAUGAUGCGUGUUCGUGUCUAGUAAAACAUGGCUGCACUCUGUAAGUUUCGUGUCUUUGGCCAAGGGUGGUACGGACGUUCUUUAAUUUGGAAGCCUUGUAGAAGUGGUGGGAUUUUAGUAUCUGGCGUCAGAUUUCAACACAGUUCUUCACAUGCAGAAACCCAAACCCAGUAUCGUCCUGAAACAUCUUCUGCCAAAAGUCUAUUGGACAUUGGGACUAGGAGAAUUUUUUCAGAGGAGCAUGACAUCUUCAGGCAGAAUGUUAGGAGAUUUUUCCAGGAGCAAGUGGCUCCUUAUCACAAGGAAUGGGAAAAACUAGGUCAAGUCAGCAGAGAGGUUUGGGAAAAAGCUGGACAGCAUGGGUUGCUUGGAGUCAACACUUCAGAAGAACAUGGUGGCGUUGGUGGUGAUCUUCUCAAUGCUGCUGUUGUUUGGGAAGAGCAGAUGUAUGUGAAUUGCAGUGGCCCAGGCUUCAGUUUGCAUUCUGAUAUUGUCAUGCCAUACAUUACACAUUAUGGCAGUAAAAGCCAGAUUGAGAAAUACAUCCCUGCUAUGACUGCUGGGAAGUGCAUUGGAGCCAUUGCCAUGACAGAACCUGGAGCUGGCAGUGAUUUACAAGGAGUGCGCACAAAUGCCAGAAAAGAUGGGAGUGACUGGAUUCUCAAUGGAAGUAAGGUCUUUAUCACCAAUGGCUGGAUGAGUGACCUAGUCAUUGUGGUUGCGGUUACAAAAAAAGAUGCACGCAGUGUAGCACAUGGCAUAACUCUGUUCCUGGUUGAGAAUGGUAUGAAAGGAUUUAUCAAGGGUCGCAAACUGGAAAAGAUUGGGCUGAAGGCACAGGAUACAGCCGAACUGUUCUUUGAAGAUGUGAGAUUGCCAGCAGAUGCUUUGCUUGGAGAAGAAAAUAAAGGUUUCUACUACCUGAUGACAGAACUUCCUCAGGAAAGAUUGAUAAUUGCUGCUAUGGCACUUGCCAACUGCGAGUUCAUGUUUGAGGAGACCAGAAACUAUGUCAGACAAAGAAAAGCUUUUGGGAAGACUGUUGCACACUUACAGACUGUACAACACAGGCUUGCAGAACUGAAAACUCAAAUUUGUGUGUCUCGAGCAUUCGUGGAUAACUGUAUCCAACUACAUGCUGAGAAACGUUUAGAUACAGCUACUGCUUCAAUGGCAAAGUACUGGGCAACUGAUCUCCAGAACAAAGUUGCAUAUCAGUGUCUGCAGCUCCAUGGAGGAUGGGGAUAUAUGUGGGAAUAUCCAAUUGCAAAGGCUUUUGUUGAUGCCCGUGUGCAACCCAUUUAUGGGGGAACUAAUGAAAUAAUGAAGGAACUUAUUGCAAGAACGAUUGUGAGUGAUAAGUAAUUGAGAAGAUUGCUGCUUCCAGUCCAUUUUUGUGCACUUCAGUUUGGGUUUCACUAUGAAUGUAAUUCUUUGAAGGGAAAAUUAAUGGAAAAGAAUGUGUACAUUUAAUUUUCUGUACAGUUAUCACAUUAAGAUUCAGAAGCUUAUGGAAAUAAUUGAUAUUGAAACUGAAAUAAUUUAAUCUUCCACAAAAUUUUCUGGGCCAGGUGCCAUACACUAUUUCAGUAAAAGGCAGCAAAAUGCAGACAUCAUCUCUGAGAAUUUAACAUUUUAUCAAGGAUCUAUCAGGCACUAGAUCAUAAUAUGUUAAAAUAUUUUACUAUGUAUUUUAAACGCAUCUCCAACAUGGUUAUGAUUCCACUGAAUUUUUAUUUACAUUGGUUUUAAGUGGCCAAUAUAUUCCAUGCCAUGCAUUGUUGCAUUUGCAAACAGGCUAGUUUAUUCUCUGCCUUUUUUGUAGUGCUCUUCAUGUUGCUGGAAUCCAUUCUUUGUUUUCUGUAAACAUUACAAUUUUGUUAUACUCUUAAAAUAUUAAAUUUUAGUGGAGGGCUGUUGUACAAGGAUUAUUGUCAUUAUGUUUCUUUAACUUGGACUUGCAUAAAUGUGUUAAUUACAUGGGUAUCUUCCUAAAUAUUAUGUCGUGCUGUAGGCAUCCUUGUUGAGGAAUGUAAUUGUAGUUAUAUAAUAUUUUACCAGUAGUACAUUCUUGAGAGGCUGUCUGAUAGAGAUGUUGCUUCCCCUUUUCCUGCCUCUUCUGUUCAAAUUUAUCGAUAACUGUUCCGAGGUAAAGUAGAAGACCAGUAGCCUGUCAGUUCCACUUGAGUAUUGUUGAAAGACCCUAUAAGUCUACCUCAUCAGUAUUCCAUUCCAUAUACCUUAUUGAAUCUUUCUGUUGAUCUAUAUUUAACUAUCUUCUGCAGCAGGUCAUGUCAGGGCCCCCCACCAUGGUCUGUUAAAAAUAUACUUCCAGUUGCCACUUCUACCCUGUUCUAACUUUAAUUAAAACAUAGUUGCUCAGCAGUGCAGUAAGUCCUCCCUUAUCAUGCCCCACAAACAGCUUUUUCCCCAGGUGUACAUGCCUUGCGGUUAUUCUUUAUUCUUGCUUCAGACCUAUUCCGCACACCCUUUCUUGUAACAUAAUAACCUCCUAUUCAUGCUGUUUACCAACUUGGAAGCUUUUCUUAUUUGCUCUGUAAGACCUUCAGAAUGGUUUAUGAUAUACCUGCAGUGGUCUUACCAACAACCUGUGCUGUGGAAACGUCAUCUUUACAGCCUACCCCCUUGCUAUGCAACCCAGUGUCCUGCUGAUCUGUGUCAUAACUCACUCACACUCUGGUUUUGUUUGCAUUUGACCGGGAUUAUCACUCCCAUUUAUUUUUUUCUUCUGUGUUUUCUAGCCACAGUUCUUGAUAUGUACUUUACUCCCAAAUUUCCCCUCCAGAAGUGCAUUCAUUUUGCAUUUCAUAUUAGAACCUAACUGUUUUUUUGCAACCCCUUUAUCAAGUUUCACUGCAGACUUACUCAACUUGUAUGAGUGACUUAUUUCUCUGGUGUCAUUAAUCCAUCCAUAAAAAUCUGAGUGCUGACUGUUUCAUUGAUUCCCUUCUAAUUUCUUUGUCAAGACUGCAUGCGUAGUAAUUGAGGGAAAGAAUACCUGCAGUGAUUGCAAAAGUCUGUCUUUCAUAUAUGAAACAGUGUAUUAUUGUGGGUUAAGAAGCAGUCACCAGCAGCAGACACUUUUCAUAGGUUCAUAUGUAGGUACUAGGCUAUUGGCCCUAGGGCCUAUAUAAUCCUAGCCAAACAGUACCCUGGCUUUUGCCACCCAAGAAAAUUAUUUUCCU